AUGGCGGCUACGGUUAUAAUCAAAGAUCUGGGUUCUCUAAGAUAUUUUCUUGGAAUAGAGGUUGCUAGAUCUCCCUCUGGCAUUCUUCUAGAUCAUAGAAAAUAUACUCUUAAAUUGUUGAAUGACAUAGGCAUUCUAGCAACCAAACCACCCUCUACUCCCUAUGAUUCAUCCUUAAACUUAAAUUAUUCUGAUUCACCAUUAUAUGAGGAUGAAUCACAGCUUAUGAGGCUUAUUGGAAGGUUGCUAUAUUUAACUACUACUAGACUUGACAUAGCUUUUACUGUACAACAGCUAAGUCAGCAUGUAUCUAGUCCUAGACAAGUUCAUUUUAAGGCUGCUGCUAGCAUCUUCCAUUAUUUGAAAUCUUGUCCAGCCAAAAGCCUUUUUUAUUCUACUAAGACUGACUUGUGUUUAUCUGGUUUUGAAGAUUCUGAUUGGGCCACUUGUCCCACAACUCAAAGGUCUGUCACAGGUUAUGCAGUUUUCCUAGGAACUUCACUCAUCUCAUGGAAGUCCAAGAAGCAAACCACUGUCUCCAGAUCAAGCUCAGAAGCAGAAUAUCAUGCAUUAGCCAGCCUGUCGUGUGAAAUUAAGUGGCUUCAUUACAUUUUUUGA